UGAAACCAAAAAAAAAAAAAAUGCCCGCGUCCAUUUCAACGAAGCCGGCCAUGCCCGCACCGAGCUCCUCCGCUCAUUUUAAUCUCCACCGAUCGGAACUAUGCUUCCCACGCAAAUAUUUUCUCCUUCUCUGCAUCCAUGUUUUUCUCUCCGUUCUCACCCCUCAUGCUCGUCCCCAUCACCAUCCUCCCAGUCUCCUUCCUUCUCUUCCUCGCCAUAAUCACCCGCCCCCGUCCUAUCCGCAUCCCCAUCAAAGGCAGACACGUAUUCAUCACCGGUGGAUCUAGCGGCAUCGGCCUCGCCAUUGCGCGCCUCGCUGCAGCCGAAGGCGCACGCGUCUCCAUCCUCGCCCGCAACCGCCGCCGUCUCGACGAGGCUCGAGAUUCCAUCCGCCUCGCUACAGGCGUGGAGGUUGGGAUUUACAGUGUUGAUGUGAGAGAUGCCGAAGCGGUGGCUUCCGCGAUCGAGGAGGCUGGACCAAUCGACGUGUUGAUUUGUAAUCAGGGCGUGUUUACACCACAAGAGCUUGAGAAGCAGGAGAUGGACGAGAUUAAGUUUAUGGUGGAUGUGAAUUUGAUGGGCACCUUCCAUCUUAUUAAGGCUGCUCUCCCAGGCAUGAAGCGGAGGACGAGAGAGACUGGCCUUCCUGCCUCUAUUGGGAUCAUGUCCUCACAAGGUGGCCAGGUUGGCAUCUAUGGUUACACGGCAUACUCAGCAAGCAAAUUUGCACUUAGAGGAUUGUCUGAGGCAUUGCAACAUGAGGUCAUUGCAGAUAACAUUUUUGUUUCUUUGAUAUUUCCUUCGGACACUGACACCCCGGGUCUUUCUGAAGAGAUUCGAAGAAGGCCUGAGAUCAGCAAAAUAAUAGCCGCAUCUUCUGGUGGAAUGAAGGCAGAUGAUGUCGCCAAAAAAUCUUUGAAUGGCAUUAAAGCUGGGAGAUUUAUCAUUCCUUGCAACUUUGAAGGAACCAUGCUCUCUAUAGCAACUGCUGGUUUGUCGCCUCAGAGUUCGUUCAUGGCAGCAUUCCUUGAGAUAUCUACCGCAAGCUUCAUGAGAUUUGUAGCUCUUUGUUUCCAGUGGAACUGGUACUCUACUAUAGAGAAUUGGCAUUCCAAGAACUCCAACAAGCAAAAUUAGACCAUUUGAAUGCAUGGAAAUUGAUUCAAAAAGGUAAACAAAAGAGACACAAUUUCAAGUUGGCUGUUGUAGGUUUUUAAAUAAGAUAUUGAACUGCCAGAAUCUUAUCUUGUUUUCAUCAUGUUUCUUUUUCUGAACAUGUUAAUUUUUUAGAGUUUGUCCAACAAUAUUUUUGAGUAUUAACAUUUUACCCUUUGAUUUGCUAUUAGUUGGUGCUUUUAUGAAGCCAACGCU